GUUGUCUUAUUUGUAUACUUGUAGGAAUGCUGUGGUUUUAUGACUAGGCCCAUUCUCCCCUGAUUUCAAGAUGGCGGGGAUGGUAACUCAAGUACGUGAAGAAAAUGUGUAGUGUUUUGAUUACAAGAGGAUGGAUUAUUCAUCCCGCUGCAGUCCCGUGAGUGUCAUUUUGGUAACCGCCGGUAGCCGAGGCCAGAGAGUGCUGUUUCGAUAUCCUUAUCAGUCCAACUCCGACGAAGGCGAAAGAGAGUCCAGCAAAAGUCAUUAUGCAUUACCUCACAGUAAUGAGGGAUGCAGUGCAAGGUUCUCGGACAGCACUCUUGCAAAUAUCCUCACACCUAAACCCAUGCUAUGUGGACAGAGGUUUGAGCUCAAAAUUGACAACAUGUUAUUUGUUGGCCAUCCUAUGCUGUUGAAUGAAUCAAAUAGGGGAGAUGGAAGAAAAGAGGAAGUCAUGAUGAAGCUGUUUAACAUCGUCUUUAUAUUGAAGGCUGAGGCUGAUCCAACAUUAAUAAGUAGCUACCAUGAUCUGUCUAAGAGACUUGCAAUUGCCUUGAAACAUGAGGAAAGAAGGUGUCGUUAUUUGACCAAGGAAAGAGAAACAAUGCUUGCUGUCCAUGAUGAGGUCUGUUCUAUGCCUGAGGUAGACUGCGCAGAAUCACCAUUUCUUCAUAUGCUACCCAAAAGUAAACUUGCUGUUGAUUUGAAGGACUCAUUUGAAAGUUUGUGUACCACUGGUGUUGUCCAAAUUAGGAUCAACGGAUGGGUGAAUGUCAGUUUUUGCCUCCCGCAGAAGGUCCAUAAUCUUCAUCAGGGAAUGCUAACCAUUACGCCAAAAGCCAUCGAAACAUCCCUUGCCUCCAUGAGGCCGUACCACACUCUUCUGUUUCUUGUGGAUGAGGUAUCACUUCUUGGGUUACUCCCGGGUGACUGUUCCCCUGCUGUGACUAGGCUUAUUCGCAUGGCAACCCCUCUCAAGAGCUUCACAGCUCUAUCACAAGACACAGACAUUCCAUUGUCCCAGCUGUUUGCGAUAGCGGCGCAUCUUGUGCACUGGGGAAAAGCUUCAAUCAUCUAUCCUCUCUGUGAGAGCAAUCUUUAUGUCGUGGCACAAAGCCUUAAUAUGAACACGCUCUCUCCUCUGGCGGAGGGAUAUGCUGCAAGUUUUCCGGGAAAGUCCCUGCAUGCAACGCUGGCCGAUUUUUCGUUACCAAGCCCCCUGGCGGAGCACUAUAAUCCCCUGGCCUCCCCCCAACAGCAGGCAGAGCAAGUUCAGAUGGUGGUGUGGAUGUUACAACACAGGCUGCUGAUACAGCUCCAUACCUACAUAUUCCUGGUACCGUCGGCUCAGCUUGAGCAGCAGUCAGACACCCAAGGGCGCAUGCGCGACUGUCGUCGCAUUCGCUGGAUAUUCGGCGGAAGCUUCACCGACGAGCUUCCUGUGUACCAAGACGAGGAGCCUCUAGGGGGGCCUGGUACCAGCUCAAGUCCAGAGUUUGGAGUUUUGAACAGUGUACCUAGUCUGACUUACUCUGAGAUGCGGAGCAUUCACCGCGUUCCUGCCGCCAAAAACGAGGAAGAUCUAAAAUUAUUUGCCCGACUCGCGCCGUACUUCCGGGGUCGCCACCACUUGGAGGAAAUCAUGUACUAUGAGAACUUGAGGCGAUCACAAUUGCUCACACUCAUGGACAAGUUCCGAGAUGUGCUGUAUCUAUGCCAGCACGAGGACCCUUCCACGGCAUGCUUCCAUAACCGAUGAUCGCCAUGGUAGUGAUGACAAUGGUGGUGAUGAUGAUGGUGGUGAUGAUGAUGGUGAUGAUGAUGAUAAUGGUGAUAUUGAUGGUGAUGAUGAUAACGGUGAUGGUGAUUAUGAUCUCAGCUACUGAAACUCAUGGACAAUUUCCGAGAUGUGCUAUAUCUGUUCCAGCACGAGGAUCCUACCACGGCAUGCUGAUGAUGAUGAUGCAAUGGUGAUGAUGAUAAUAAUAAUUGUUUAUUAAUUAUGACGACAACGAAAUGCUUAAAAAAUGCUAGUGUCUACAUUUUUACUUUAAUCCGACCUGAAAUAAAUAUAAACUGUUAACCGAGCAUCUGAGCUUAAUAAGUUAUUUAUUAUAUGGCUUUUUUUAAUAUCUACACGAGAAGGACAACUUAAGCUGCUGAAGUGAAUGAAGAAACCCUUUCUGGAUUUACAAACCACGAGUGCUCACCUCCAAAUCUCGAAAUAAUGAGUCGAUUUGUAAAAUGACCAUCGAAGAAAAAAUAAAUAUGUAAGCUUAUGUAAUAAAACAACCUUUUGUUGUUGA